CUCCUUCGUUACAAGAUAGCGCUAUUAUAGUCCUCUUGCAAUAUUCCUUUCCAUUAUUGGUGUUAAGCCUUUUCCCUAAUUUACACCGUCGAAGUUGAGCUGAUGACGCAUAUCCUGGAUUUGGUUCCAUGCUGCCAAUACUAUCUCCAGCCCUUUUGUCCGUAUCGGUCGUACCAGCCAUUCCUGCACCAGGAGCUCAAACGCGUUCAACUCAUAGUUGAAUAAGUUUACCUCGGAAAGCGGAAUGCCUGCUUCUGCAUUAUGUACAUCACGUUUAAAUUCAAGAGUAAAUAAUGUUGAUCUCAUGAACCAAGACGAUUGGAUUACGAGUGGGAAAUUCGGAUCACGGGACGCCGUUUUGGUUUUUCGUACUAAUAUUCUAAAUCCAAAAAUUAGGAAAACUUUGUCGGAAAAGACUUCGGAUAAAAUUAUAUUACAAAAUAAAAGUGUCGAAGGUAGUGCUGAAUCGGCUAGCGAUGUACAUUCUGAAAAAAACUUCCUAUCGGUAUCAACUACCAGUCAAAUUGUGUUCAAUAAUACCUCACAACAAAAAUUAUAUAUGUCAAUCAGAAAUCAACUUUCAUCAAAUUCAAUAGUGAAGCUAGGAAGUCAAGUGUCGUGUACUCAAAUACAUUCAUUGUUAUCUACAAACGACAAUUCAAUAUAUAGUGAAUGUGAUGCACCCAUAAUGAAUUAUGAUAAGAAGCUUUCAAUAAUAACCAACAAAAAAUGUUCCGUUCCUUCCAACUUUGACUGUUUAACCCAAAAAAAUUGUUCUGAUCCUAUAGAAAAAACAAAUGUCUCUACUAACGAAUGUGAAGAUAAGGAUGCAUCUAGUGAGGAAGAUGAUGAAUAUAGCAUACAUAUGCCAGCGAACAAACUAAGAAUUUCAUACAAAUUUAUUCAAUCUGAAACAAAAUUAUUACGAAAAAUAUUUAAUGUGCAUGGCUUAACAGAAGUUCAAGGCGAAAACAAUUUUAACUUAUUGUGGACUGGUGUUCAUUUGAAAUUGGACGUUUUAAGAAGUCUAGCACCUUAUCAACGCGUAAAUCAUUUUCCAAGAUCCUACGAAAUAACACGAAAAGAUCGACUAUAUAAGAAUAUCGAGCGCAUGCAGCAUCUACGGGGAAUGAAACAUUUUGACAUUGUACCACAGUCCUUUAUACUUCCUUUAGAGUACCGUGAUUUAAUGGUCGCACAUAACAAACAAAGAGGACCUUGGAUAGUUAAACCGGCAGCUUCAAGCAGAGGUCGAGGAAUUUUUAUUGUAAACACGCCGGAUCAAAUACCCCAGGACGAGCAAGUAUUGGUGUCAAAGUAUAUAGCUGAUCCCCUUUGUAUUGAUGGUCAUAAGUGUGAUUUAAGAAUUUAUGUAUUGGUUACUUCUUUUGACCCACUUAUUAUAUACCUUUACGAAGAAGGGCUUGUAAGGCUAGCAACAGUUAGAUACGAUCGGCACGCAGAUAAUCUGUGGAAUCCCUGCAUGCACCUUUGUAAUUAUAGCAUAAAUAAAUAUCACUCUGAUUACAUAAGAUCAUCAGAUGCUCAGGAUGAAGAUGUGGGACAUAAAUGGACAUUGUCAGCACUUUUAAGGCAUCUUAAGUUUCAAGGUUGUAAUACACAGCUUUUAAUGCUGAAUAUUGAAGAUUUAAUUAUAAAGGCUGUGUUGGCUUGUGCUCAGACCAUUAUAUCGGCGUGCCGAAUGUUUGUACCAAGUGGAAAUAAUUGCUUCGAACUAUAUGGAUUUGAUAUUUUAAUAGAUAAUGCUCUUAAACCUUGGUUAUUGGAAGUUAAUCUUUCUCCGUCAAUGGGCGUAGAUAGUCCUCUUGACACUAAAGUAAAGGCAUGUCUCAUUGCCGACUUGCUCACUUGCGUAGGCAUCCCAGCUUACAGUCCAGAAAUGCGAUCGCAUUAUGACAGUAAGUGGUCUCGGUUCCGUAGUUUAAGCUGUCAACGACGAAUUGAAUCAACUGAUUCGAAUAAACCGAUCCAAUCUAAAAAAUCAAAAAGAAAAGGUUCAAACCUUAUUCAUCUUACGAUGGAAGAGCAACGUAUUCUGAGAAAUGCAAAAUUGCAAUACUCACGACGUGGGGGUUUUGUUCGAAUUUUUCCGACGGAUGACACGAUGCAGCGAUAUGGACAUUUUUUGGAUCCUGCAAAUGGAAUUCCAGUUUCAACUCCAAAUGUUUUAGGACAAACGUUUCAAGCAUUAACUAUGCAACAUAACUACAAUCAAAUGCUACACUCAAAUUUAUAUUGUAAUGAACCUCGAUGUGGUAAAGAAGAUAAUUCACAGGAAAACCGCAUGAGACAAUACGAAAGAGCUUUGGAGACAGAAUCCGUAAUUCCCUUUGCAAAAAAACCUUCGGUAGAAAAAUGUGAAGAAGAGGGAAGACGAUUGCGCAAACAAAUAUUAAAAAGAAUAGGAAAUGGUUCAGAGUUAACGCAAUUUCAAGCUCGGCAGACAUUUAGUUUAUAUUUAGAAUCAGUGCUGCGACGAAUAACACAAGAACCGAAAGACAUACAUGAAAAAAUUAUUCUCAAAUUUUUAAAUAAGUUUGGAGGUUCUGUUAAACCACCAGUUUUAUUUAGAAACAUACAUAAUAUAAAGGUUAUAAGCAAGGCUCGAUCAGCAAUGGUAGCCAAAUUACUUGGUGAUUUUCUUGAAUUAUAUAAAAAGGACACAGAAGCAUAUGUGGAUUCUUUUGAUCAUUUCGGAAUGAUACCAAGCACCACCUAUAAUGAUUUUUUGAUGCACGCGGAAGAGUCAGAUUUAGAGGCAGUAUUAACUCUCCACACAAAUAUAACUGGAAUAAUGCCCUUUUUGUAUAACAGGUGUGGAUUGUCAGUACCGCCAACACCACCCAUUCCGUCCGGCUUGCAUGGAUUUUUAAGAGCUCUUCCUGCCAUGGUAUCAACUACCAGUAUGGCUAGAGAAGUAAGCAAAUACGAUGGAUAUUUCAAAAAUAGUGAGAGAGACUUUGAAAAUGUACAAAACAUUUCUGUAGGUUCAAAAAGCUUAAGGAGAUUAUAAUUGUGACUCAUUAUUAUCUAGACUAUUUUCCUAUUACAAAACAUUAAGCUUUGAUAGAUUAGUAUUUGGAAUUAAUAUUUAGCGCAAUUAGGCCGGACUUAAAAAUUGUACAAUUAUUUCAAAAUUCUACUUUAGUAUUGCCAUUUUUAAUGUUAAAUGAACUAAAGCUUUUUAUAUUACAUUAUACAACUGCACAAAAUAUAAUACAGACUAAAAUUAAUUAAAUAAAUAACCUUUGUAACUACUUUUA